AUGAAGGUCUUUCAAUCACUCAAUUGUGUUCUUUGCAAGGAACCAUUUGCCAGAAAAGCCAAUGAGCCUCGAUCACCACGAAGUCUGGGUUGCGGAGUGGUGGUGUGCAACGAAUGUUUCGAGAAUGAGAUGCCGUUGCAGGUAGAGGAAAGAAAACAUCGAUGUAAUUACGAGGAUUGCUUUGCGAAUUGCGUCUUUGUCUUUUACCUUAUCGAUGUUCUAUCCCAAGAAGACGCGGUGGCUCUUUCUUCUACUGGUGAUGGAUAUGUGCUUGUCAAGCCUUUAAAAAUCCCUGAGUGUCCAAUUUGUCACGACGAAUAUUCGAAUCAGAGCAAGGAAAAGAAAUCAUUCGCUCUCUAUUGCAAUCACACUAUUUGCACAGAAUGCUACUUGAAGAAUCGAAAACAAAAUGACCGAGAUACGAAAAACGAUUAUCAACACGGAUUUACUUGCCCAAUUUGUAGUCGCAAUUCUUGCUUUAGCGGAGAUGAAUGGAAAGAUCAAUUUCAGGAUUUCUUGGACGAGUUACCCGAACUGACACGUCAGAUGGAAGGACCGAGAAACGCGUAUGUUUGUGAUGAAUGCAAGGGAACGGAUGCCAUUGAGGAAAUGCUUCAUUGUGUUGAGUGCAAUUCAAAGGCGUGCACCCUCUGCUUCAUGGAAAAACACACUUCACACGAGAAAAUCAAGCUCAUGGAAAAAGAGGCUCAUGAGAUGUCCGAUGCUCUCCAAAAAGAUUCUACGAGUGUGGUCAAGACUUAUGAAGAUUUGUUUUCAGAAAUGCACAAAGGAGUUUUGGAGAAUAUCAAGGAUUUCGGAAAGAAACUUGUUUUGAAAGAAAACAUCUGCAAGGACACUUCAAAAUUUGGAGAUUUAGAGCAAAAAUUGGAAGAAUGCAGAAAGUUUCAAGAGGGUUUUGAGACGACUUCCGAAGAAUAUAUGCCUCAUUUGCGUCGAUAUGAGACGAAAAUUAAGGAAUUUAUUGAAGAAUUUGACAAGGAUCUCAAU